AGCGUUUUCCAGGAGGCGCCCAGGCAGCAGGUGCUCACCAGCUCAGCGGCUUCCCAGGGAGCCGGGCUGGACACUUCAGUGGCUAGGUCUUUGCGCCAGAUCCCUCAGGCGGUUCCAUGGGCGGAGCUUCGGGCUGAUCAGUUUGUCAGGAAACACUUUUAUAUUAUUAUUGCUCACUCCUAUUUAUUCGUCAAAGCCUUUGGGUCCUGAAGGACAGAAUUUACUUCCAAACAGAAAAAUGGAGAAAACACAUUUAAUUUGCAAGACAGAAGAAAGCAUUGAUGUAUCAAUUCAUGGCUCGGAUACUAUCACAACCAAGCUGAUAUCAAGAAAUAUUGAAACUAAGAAAUACUGCAAAAUUUCUAAAACAACAGGGAAGAAAAUUUCAUCUGAAAGUAAGGGUUUUAUCCCAGAGUAUAAAAAAAUAUAUGAAACAUCGUUAUUCGUGUACAGAGAAGAAAAACCUACAGAGUUCUCAGGAUCAAAAAAACUCAGGAGAAAGAAAAGUGUGCAAGUACAGCUUCAUAGUAAGAGAACGGAGAUUGCCACUCCCUCUUUGAAGGUGUCAAAGGAGAAGAUAACCAAGAAAGAAAGUCCUUCCAAGUUGCCAAGUCACAAACCUUCACUAACUCAACGUACAGCUUCAACUGCUGGGAGAAAAGUUAUACCUUCUAACCUCUCCCUGACAUUAUAUGAACAAGUACCUGAAGAAUUCUUAAAACACCAAGAACUAAAUGCCCUUUCCAAGGGCUGUCUCAUUUUCAGUAAAGUUCGCAGCGGUAAGAUUUACGUGAACGACUUGCCAGUGGUCCUUCACGCCUUGAAGAUUUCUACCAGUGAUUCAGAAGUUCGUCAGGCGCUGAAGGCCGUUAGCAUCGAUGUUAAUGGAAUCCUGGAUUUUACAGAGUUCCUUAAGGUCAUGAAUGACACUUCUCCAUCAUCCUCUCAGGACCCAGAAUUUCAAAAUGCCUUGAAGAUAUUUUCUAAGGUGAAAAGUGGCCGAGUGGCCACCACUGACGUGGCUGCUGUUUUGGAAAGCAUGGAUAUCUCAGUGAACCCCGAGAUGAUCAAGGAUGUGAUACAGCAUGCUUAUGAGGACAAUUACCACACUAUGGACAUUGGAGACAUUAUAUUUACUUUGGAUGAACUACAACGGCAGUAUGAAGAUGUUUCAGUUAUGGAUGAAGCUACUUCAGGUAAAAGAGCAUCAACUAUCCCAGGACACCACCCACAACAGAAGAAAAGCAGUUUACUUUCCAGAAUGCCCGAACCUAGCACACCAAAAAACCAGACUGUGCCUCCCCAACCACAUCCCAGUAAAACCACUGGGAAGCAGGAUGAGGCUGAACUUAAACUCUCCAAAAGAUCUUCAGAGACAAGACGGCUCUCAAGUGGGAUCAUCAGCGAUUCUGUGGGACUUCAGGAAUCACAGAUAAAGAUUCAUGAUUCAAAGUCUAAAUCACCUUCCUUGAAGAGUACUCCAAGUCUCAGUAAGUUACCGGAUAGACGUGAUUCAAGCCUCAAGAAGUCACCGGAUAGAAGUGAUUCAAGCCUCAAGAAGUCACCGGAUAGACGUGAUUCAAGCCUCAAGAAGUCACCGGAUAGACGUGAUUCAAGCCUCAAGAAGUCACCGGAUAGAAGUGAUUCAAGCCUCAAGAAGUCACUGGAUAAAAGUGAUUCAAGUCUCAAGAAGUCACUGGAUAAAAGUGAUUCAAGUCUCAAGAAGUCACUGGAUAAAAGUGAUUCAAGCCUCAAAAAAUUACUGGAUAAAAGCGAUACAAGCCUCAAUAAGUUAUUGGAUAAAAGCGAUACAAGCCUCAAAAAGUUACUGGAUAAAAGUGAUUCAAGCCUCAAGAAGUCACCGGAUAGAAGUGAUUCAAGCCUCAAGAAGUCACCGGAUAGAAGUGAUUCAAGCCUCAAGAAGUUAUCGGAUAGACGUGAUUCAAGCCUCAAGAAGUCACUGGAUAGAAGUGAUUCAAGCCUCAAGAAGUCACCGGAUAGAAGUGAUUCAAGCCUCAAGAAGUUAUCGGAUAGACGUGAUUCAAGCCUCAAGAAGUCACUGGAUAAAAGUGAUUCAAGUCUCAAGAAGUCACUGGAUAAAAGUGAUUCAAGCCUCAAGAAGUCACCGGAUAGAAGUGAUUCAAGCCUCAAGAAGUUAUCGGAUAGACGUGAUUCAAGCCUCAAGAAGUCACCGGAUAGAAGUGAUUCAAGCCUCAAGAAGUCACCGGAUAGACGUGAUUCAAGUCUCAAGAAGUCACUGGAUAAAAGUGAUUCAAGUCUCAAGAAGUCACUGGAUAAAAGUGAUUCAAGUCUCAAGAAGUCACUGGAUAAAAGUGAUACAAGCCUCAAAAAGUUACUGGAUAAAAGUGAUACUUCUAUCUCAGAAUAUCAGAAGUUGGCUAUGAGGAGGCUGUCCAGCACUCUACAUUCUGCUGCGUCUACAAUCAGUGCCUUAGAAAAUGCCUAUGAAGUUAUCCUUAAACUCCAAGAAGAUUACAUCUCUCCAGAAGAACUUCAAACCAUUUUACCCUCGGUAGGGGUCACUUUAUCCGAUGAAGACUUCCAGAGGAUUGUGCCAGAGCUCACUCAAACUGAAAGUGGAAUGGUGAAUUUAGAUGACUUUAUCACGGCAGUCUCCAAGGAACACAACUUUCCUGACUAUGAUGCAUUGAAAAAUGCCAUUGAAGGCAUUAGUAAAAUUCAGGAUGAAUAUGUUGAAUAUGAGGAUCUGGACACGUGUCUUCAAAAUUUUGGAGUUUACCUUCCUAAAUCAGAACGACAGAGGAUCAAAGAAUUAAUUCAAGUUGACGAUACAAAACAAGUGAAUAUUAAAAAGUUUAUUGAUGCCAUGCUGAAAAACACACACCCCUUCUCUGAGGAUAUAUUUUUGCCCGCUGCUAUCGAGAACCUGCAAAACUUCUGCGGUGACCAGAUGGAUGUUGCUCAGCUGUGGAAAACACUGUCCAGUUUGGAUAGUAGUUUAAAAGAGAAGGAAUUCUUAGAUGCAGUGAAAUUAGCCACAGUUGAUGGUGACAAAGUGCAAUUGGAAGACUUUUCAAAGGUAGUGAAGGAUAUGCAUGACUCCGUCAGGUUAAAAGAGUUGCAGGAAAUAGUUUCGGCUCUUGAUUCGCUUGAAGGUGAGAAGAUACCUGGGAAGAAUGUGGAUGAUUUCCUAAAGAGUCUUGGGAUUACAUCAUUUAAAGAUGAAUUGGAAGAAAUCCUUCAGUCAGAGAUUGUUUCUGAUGACAACAUGUUGAGUGUUAAAGACUGCAUGGAAGCUUUGAAGGACACUUCGAAGUUUUCUAACUUCACUGCAUUGAAAGAGGCCAUUGAAAUGUUGGACUCCGUCAAAGGAAGCUAUUGGUCUGAUAAAGAGAGAUUUCUGGAGGGGCUGGAAGAUCUCGAGGGUUUAAAAAAAGAAGUGUUGUCUUCAAACCUGGUAUUACCAACAGUAAGCGAGAUCAAAGAAGUUGCUGGCAUCUUGUCACAGGUUGAAGAUGGCAAGAUCACUAUACCUGACUUGGAGCGUGCCUUGAAAUAUUUGAAUCUUAAUAUAAGUGAAGAGGACUUUAAAGAAGUUCUUAAACAUUGUGAUAUCAGUGAUGAGAUGUAUGUGGACUUAAAAGAUUUCUUAGUGAAACUGAGAGAUAUUCCAAGCUUUAAAGACUCCAUAGUCACACAGCUGCUGCUAGCCACGCCCCAAGUUCUCGAGAAGGAUCUAAUUAAUGUCUCUGACUUAAAGAAGUUAUUGACAAAUAAUGAACUUCACUCAGCUAAAGCCAUACUGACUGAAGUAUUAAAACAUGUUCCAGAGGAUGAAGAAGGCAAAAUUACCAUUGAAGAAUUUGUGAGCACACUUUCGGAUAUCUUGAGAACUCUAAAAUCUGAACGAGAGAAAGAGAUACUUCACAACACCAACUUUGACUUAAAUAAUGUUAAUGUCACUUCUGAAAUUAAGCAGAGUUUAGAUGCUCUGGGAAUCCACAUAACAGGCAGUGAUAUACAGAGAGCGAUGGAGAACAUGGCUUCUUCGGGUGAAGUGAUAACGCUGAAGGAUAUCAUCAAAGAGCUGGCCAACAGUGAUGUGUUUAGUGAGUGCCAAAGAAUAGAGGACAUACACCGCAUCAUUGAUGUCAUCGGUGAUGGCAAAAUGGAUGUUAAAGACUUUUUGUCUGCCUUGAAUAACUUCACGAGACCUUUAGAGGAGGAAGGCCAGUCUGACGUAUCUCAGUCCCCCGAAAUGAAUGAAAAAGAGGCGAUCUUAAGAAACACAAUUAAUUAUUUAACUGGCGUAUCUGCAAUGACACGGUUCAAAAGUUUAUUGAAAGGGGUCCAGACCUUUGAUAAUAUCAGAGGUAAUAAGAUGCCUGUGGAUGAGCUCGUCUCCAACCUCAUGAGUACUGGGAUGCCAAUAAGCCAGAGCACAAUGCAGGAGCUCCUGAGACAAGCCUCUGUUGACGAAAACGAGGAAGUAAGUCUCAAACAAAUUUUGGAGAAUUUAGCCACACGUAACCCAGAUCCUGUACUGGAAGAUAUAGAAAAUGCCCUUAAUUCUGUCAAGUUGAUGACCUCUGACAAAAUUCAAGUCGCCAACUUAAAAGAUGCUCUUAAAGACCUCAAUAUUCACUUAAGCCCAGAAGAACUGCAGCAGGUAGAGGAAGCGCUCAAUGUUGACGAAAACGGAGAAGUUUCCCAGAGGGCUGUUCUUUUAGCAUUGAAGAGCAAUAAGCGUUUAAAGGAUUUUAGAGAGGUUAAUGAACUUGCAAAGGCUCUUGACAAGAUCACCAGUGAAAAAAUCAGAACUGAUGAUCUGAUACACGUUUCCAAGGGCCUGGGGUUUGGUGUUCCAGAUAAAGAGUUACAGGAUUUGGAUGAAACGGUUUCUAUUGAUGAGGAGGGAAAUGUGGAUUUAAAAGAAUGGCUGACGAAGCUGAAAGGGACACCACAUUUCAAUAAAAGUUCAAAAAUACAAACUCCCAUGAAAACUCUGGCCUCCAUUAGGAAAAAUGAGACAAACUAUGAUGAUCUACCCUUCAUUUUGAACAGUAUGGGGGUUGCAUUACCCCAAGAUAUAAUUGAGGCAGCACUGAGGAACAUGGCCCACAGAGAGAACGGGAAACUGAACUUAGACGAGUUUCUGAACCAAUUGAUCAAGGUGCAGCUUUCAUCUAUCCCUGAAAGUCGUGUUUCCUUAGAAGAAAAGAUUGAUGCCAGUAGUGUGGAUGACAUUUUGAAAAGCAUGGACAUAACACUCACAGACCAGGAGAAGAAGGCUCUUUUUGAACACCUGCCAGUUCCUGGUGAUGAAGGCAUAGAUAUGGAAACAUUGAUCGGUGCUGUGAAGAUGCUCAAAGAAAAAAUUGAUGUUACUAAUCUGUCCAACUUCCUGGAUGAUAUGGGUGUCGAGCUUUCAAAAGAGGAACAAAGCGACCUCAUUAAUCAUCUCCCAGUCAGUGCUGAAGGGAAGGUCAGUCAUCUUCAGCUGGUAGAUACUAUCAAGAAUCUCAAAAGUGGGAAAGCUGACAUUGAGAAGUUAGAAGGUAUCUUAGGGAAGAUGGGACUGGCACUUACAAGCCUAGAAUUUCAGAAUCUGCAAGAAAAUCUGCCAAUUGACACUGAUGGAAAGGUAGAUCUAGGUAUACUUCUAGAUCAAGUCAAGCUUCUUAAAAAAGAGGAGGGGAAAGCCUAUGACACUAACCUUGACACCAUUUUGGAGAAAAUGGGAAUGGAUUUCUCUGACAAAAUAUCUGAAGAAUCGGAAAAGCACAUGGAAGUCCAACUUAGCAAACCACUGAUGGAAUUUCCACAUAUUUCAGGAAAGACGAUAGAUUUCAGGGACUUGGACACUGUGCUUGAGAAGAUGGACAUAGAACUCACCGAAGGAGAAGAUGAAGAGCUGAAAAGACACUUCUCAGAUGAUGCUAAGGGGACGAUUGAUCUGGACUCGCUGGUGAAUGUGCUCCAAGUUACUACAGGAGGAGAAAUUGAUGUCAGUGACAUGGAAAAUGUCAUAAAAGAUGUGGAGAGAGAGAGAACAUCUAGAGAACAGCUGGAGCGUGAGAAGUCAUUUCCAUCUCAUGUUGAUGUCCGUAAUCUUGACAGUCUACUUGGAAGCAUGGCGUUCAAAGUGAUUCCCGAGGAAUUUCCUGAGUCAGCUUCAAAGUCAGCAGUGCAUAGAAGAGAUGUCGACACGGAAAGCAUUUCUAAACACAGAGAAUCAAUACCUGAAAUUCAGGAACCCUCAGAAUUGAUGGAUGACCUGUCAAUUGAAGGAAGAAAAAUUGAUGUAUCCAGUUUGGAUGAAAUUCUGGGGAAGAUGCAGAUUCACCUCUCAGAAAAAGAAUUAGAUAAGCUGACAGAAGGCCUGCCUGCAGGAGAAAAGAUUGACCUCAUUGAUAUAAAAAGUAUCCUGCACUUAAAGAGUAUCUCUGGAGAAAGCAUAAAUCUAAAAAGUAUUUCUACUGAUGACAUUCGAGAAUUCUACCAAAAGAAAUUGGCUGAGAGUGUAGAAGACUUUGAAGGAAAGAGUAUUGAUGUUCAUGAACUGGAGUCUGUUUUGCAAACCAUAAAUGUGAAACUUUCAGAAAGUCAAAUGAGUGGCCUUAAGGAAAACCUACAGGUUGAUGAGAGUGGAAAGACUUCAUUCAGAAGUUUGUUGGAUUCUAUCACAGAGAUUGUAGCAAAAGAAUUAGGGAUUGAAGAUGAGAAAAAUGUCCCAGAAGAUGUGGAGUUGGAAGACAUGGAGAAAGAUAAACUACAGCUCUUAAAAAGUCAGCUACCUGACGAAUGGAUUCCUGAUCCCCAAAAUCUGGAUAUUUUUUUACAAAGAGUGGGAAUCAACCUUGAAGAACAGGAGAUCGGUGAUCUGCUACAAACUCUGCCGGUUGGUGUUCAUGGGGAAGUGGAAAAGGAAACAUUUUUAGAAAAAAUGGCUUCUUUUACAGGAAAAAAGAUUCAUAGCAGUGAAAUGAAGGAAGUUCUGGAAGAUAUGGGGAUAGAUAUCACAGAUGAAGGGAUCAGAAAACUAAAAGAAGUGUUGCCCUUCGAUGCUUUGGACCAUACAUUUCAGAACAGAAUGUUGGAUGUUGUACAAUGCAUAAAUGAAGGAGAAGUUAAACUUGGUAAUGUGGAGUCUGUCCUGGAAAACCUGGGAGUGAAGCUUAUAUCAAAGGAGCAAGAGAGCCUAAUGAGGAUUCUGCUAUCUGAGGAAGAGACCCAUGAUGAAAAAAUUCCACUCAGUCAACUGAUACUUGCAGUGACAAAAGUUACAGGAGGACAAGUUAACAUCAAAGAUAUAAAAAGUGCUUUGGAAAAAAUGGGCAUAGAGCUCACAGAAAAUGAAUGUUCCCAAUUAGAGAGCCUGCUUCCAGUUAAUGCCAACGGGAAGGUGUACAAGAAGAGGUUGUUGGAAACGGCGGUUACCUCCAAAUGUGGGCUGGUGGAUGUUGCUAACAUAGACACGGUUUUGCAAAGCAUGGACAUGCAAUUCACAGAAGAGGAGAUAGACACUUUUAUGGAGAAAGUGCCUAUUGAUGAUAAUCAGAAGGUUGAAUUUAAAAACUUACUAGAUGCAAUAGAAGAUUUUACCGGAAAGAAUAUUGAUGCCAAUGAUGUACUAACAGUUCUGAGAGACAUGGGGAUUGAAUUCACUGAACAAGAAGAGGAGGCACUAUGGGAUGUCCUCCCUAUCCAUGAACCUGGAAUGGUGUAUGAGAAGAGAAUGUUGGAAGAAGUGAAGGCGAUGAAAGGAGGAGUGGUUAAAGUCAGUAACCUAGACACUAUUCUGGAAAGUCUAGGCAUUGAACUCACAGAUAAAGAACAUGAAAGUCUGACAGAACAUCUACCACUCACUGCUGAUGGAAAGAUUCAUCUUGGUCAAGUGCUAGAAACAGUAGAAGCUAUUACAGGGGGAGACAUUGAUGUCAGCGACAUGGGAAAUGUUCUGAAUGAGAUGGGGAUCACUCUCACAGUAAAGGAAAACAAAGAGCUGCUAGAACAUCUACCCAUCACUUCUAAAGACAAAGUCCACAAGAACAGGAUAAUGGAUGGUUUGAAAUCUUUCAAUCGUGGGACUGCUAAUAUCAAUGAACUCAAUACGGUUUUGCAAAACAUGGGGUGGAAGCUCACAAAUGAAGAAAUCAAGGAUCUGAAGCAGAACCUGGCUGCCGAUGUGCAUGGAAGAGUUGCAUUGAAGAAAUUGUUUAAGGGAUUAAACACAUUUACAGGGCCAAAGGUUGACAUGCGGGCUCUCCCGGAUAUAGUGGAAGAAAUGGGCCUUGAACUGACAGAUAAAGAGAGGGUGGAUCUGAUCACCGAACUGCCUGUUGAUGAAUCUGGGAAGAUCUAUAAGAAGAGAUUGCUGAGUGGGGUAAAGUCUUUCAAAGGAGGAAAAAUUAAACAAAAUAAAAUAAAUGCUGCCCUGGAAAACGUGGGGAUCAAACUUACUGAAAAGGAGCUUGAUGUUCUAGAAGCAAACCUACGAGAUGACGGUAACGGGAAAGUUAAUUUCCAUGACGUGAUGAAGGAAGUAAACACUAUCAUAGGAGAAGAAGAAAAUGUCAACGACAUCAAAGAUAUUCUAGACAGCCUGGGAUUGAACCUCACAGAGAAGGAAUUCAUAGAACUGUUGAAGACUCUCCCUGUUGAUGCCGAUGGAAAUUUCUACCAUAAUAGAUUAAUGAACACUGUGAAGUCUGGUAAAAGAGGGAAGAUUUCUGCCGACAAACUGGACACAAUGGUGAAAAACAUGGGAAUGAAACUCUCAGACAUGGAAUAUAAAGACAUGAUCAAGAAUGUGCCAGUGAGCGAUGCUGGAGAAAUUGAAAUGGAAAAGUUGGUUGAUGCAAUGGAAGCCUUUACAGGUAAUAAGAUUAAUAUCAAUGAUCUCCAAUACAUUCUGGGAAGCAUGGGCAUUGAGCUCACAGAGAAGAUGCUCUCCGAUCUGCUGAAGAUCCUGCCUGUGGACAAUGAUGAAAUGGUAUUCCAGAAAAGAUUGAUGAAGGAAGUAAAGUCUCUCAAAGGAAAAGUUGAUGUUAAUAACAUCGACAACAUCCUAGAAGAUAUGGAGGUUAAACUCACAGAAGCAGAGCUUAAAGACCUAAUGGAAACCCUGCCAGUUGAUGAUAACGGCAAGGCUGAACUUGCUGAGUUGAUGGAUACAGUGAAAACUCUCACAGGGGAAGAGACUGAUGUCAAAGAUGUUAAAAAUGUUCUGGAGGAAAUGGGAAUCAACCUCACGGAAAAAGAAUUGAUGAAGCUGCUAAAAAAAUUGCCAGUUAAUGAAGAUGGAAAGGUCUAUAAAAAUAGGUUGAUGAACAGCCUGACGUCUUUUAAAGGAGGGACUAUUAGUGCCACUAAAGUAGAUUCUCUUCUGGGAAGCAUGGGCAUGAAACUUGAAGAAAAGGAACUUAAAGACCUGAUGCAGAAUCUGCAGACGGAUGCCGAUGGGAAUGUCCCUCUUAAAAUGGUAAUGGAUGAAGUCAGAAAGUUUUCUGGAAACAAGAUUAAUGUAAAAGAUCUUCAAAAUAAUCUCAGAGACAUGGGGAUUGAGCUAACAGAAGCAGAAUGUUCAGAGCUCAAGAAAACCCUGCCUACUGAUGCUGCUGGAAAUGUAUAUCAGAAUAAAGUGAUGGAUUCUCUAAAGUCACAAAAAGGAGGGAUGGUUAAUCUCAGUGACCUGGACAAAGUUCUUAGAAACAUGGGACUUGAACUCACAGAGAAAGAGCGUAAAACUCUAACAGACAACCUUAUAAUUAAAGCCGAUGGGAAGAUUAGUCUCAGUAAGCUUCUAGACACGGUUAAAGCAGUUAGAGGAGAGGCUAUUGAUAUGGAUGAUGUAGAAGACAUUAUGGAAGACCUGGGGAUAGAAUUUACAGAUAAGGAAUUAUUGAGGCUGAUGGAAAGCUUACAAGCUGAUGCUGAUAGGAAUACUUACCACAAGAGGGUGAUGGAGAGUUUAAGGACCUAUAAAGAAGGGAAAAUCAAGACUGAUAAAGUGGACACAUUUCUGAAGAACAUAGAUAUGGACGUCUUAGAGACAGAACUUAAGGAUCUAAAACAAAACCUGCCGGCUUCUGCUAGUGGGAAAAUCGAUAUAAGAACUAUAAUAAAUGAAGCAAACGCUUUCACAGGGGAAAAGAUUGAUGUCAGCAAUCUGAGAAAUCUGCUAAGAAACAUGGGGGUUGAGUUCACUGAUCCGGAGUACACGAGGCUACUGAGGAUGCUGCCGGUGGAUGAUAAUGGGAUGGUGCAUUGGAACAGAGUACUGAAGGCUGUGAAGUUUCUCAGAGGAGGAAAAAUUGAUGUCAAAAGCCUGGGCUCCUUCCUGGGAAACAUGAGUAUCAAACUCACAGAACAGGAAGUGGAGGAACUGGUGGAGAGCCUGCCAGUCGACGCUAAUGGAAAAGUUGAUCUAGUAAAGGUGAUGGAUGAAGCAAAAGCCUUCAUAGGAGAAAAAAUUGGUAUCGAUGAGGUGAAAAAUGUUCUGGAAAACAUGGGACUAGAGUACAAAGAUCAAGAACUGUCCAAACUGAUGGAAAGUCUGCCAUUUGAUGAAGAUGGAAAGAUCCAUCAAAACAAGUUGUUGGAGAGCUUGAAGUCCUUGAAAGGCGGGAUGAUCAGUACCAGCAAUCUGAAAUCUGUGAUGGAUAACUUAGGAAUCAAACUCCACGACAAUGAAUUUAAGGAUAUGAUACAAAGUCUCCCUGUUGGUGCUAACAAGAAGAUUUCUCUAGAUGCAUUGAUGAAGAAGUUGAAAUCUUUUACAGGUGACAAGGUCGAUGUCAGUGACUUGAGAAACAUCUUAAAGAACCUGGGGCUUGAACUCACAGAGAAGGAACAAGAAAGGCUGCUGAAAAUGCUGCCUGUUGAUGAUGCUGGGAAGAUAUAUUACAAUAGGUUGCUAAAAGGUGUGAAGUCCUUUAAUGAGGGAAAGGUUCAUGUAAAUAACCUAGACAAUGUCCUGAAAAAUCUGGGAGUCAAACUCAGUGAAGAGGAAUUUGCAAAGCUGUCCGAAGACCUACCUGUGGACUCUAGUGGGAAGGUUGACCUGAAGAAGGUGAUGGAGAUAAUUAAAGCUACUACAGGAGGAGAAGUAGAUAGCAAACAUGUGAAAAGUGUUCUAUCAAAAAUGGGGAUAGAGCUUACAGACAGUGAAGUCUCAAAACUGAUGGAAAAUUUGUCUUUUGAUGAUGAUAACAAGAUCUUUAAGAACAGGUUACUAGAGUCUGUGAAGUCUCUCCAAGGUGGUAAAGUCGACAUCAACAACCUGGGCACAGUUCUGGACAAUAUGGGAGUCAAACUUUCAAAUUUGGAACUUAGAGAUCUGAAACAAAACAUGCAGGUUGGAGUUGAUGAGAAAAUUUCGCUACAAACACUGAUGCAAAAACUGAAAGAUUAUACAGGGGAGAAGAUUGAGGCCAGUGAUGUACCGAGUGUCCUGGAGAACCUUGGUAUCGAGCUCACAGACAAGGAGUUGGAGGAACUGAUGAAAACGUUGCCCUUCAACGAGUCUGGGAAGUUGUACAAUAACAGGCUACUAAAGGAUGUGAAGGAUUUAAAAAUGGGGAAGAUCAAAAAGGAUAACCUCCAUACUUCUUUGGAAAAUAUGGGGUUCAAACUCUCAAUGGAGGAAUUUGCUGAAGUGACAGAAAACCUAGAAACUGAUGAAAAGGGGAAUGCUGAUCUACAGACAGUGAUGGGGAAAGUGAAAUCCGUUACAGAGAACAUCAAUGUAAAAAAUCUGGAAAAUGUUCUAGGCAACAUGGGAGUCAAGCUGACCAAAACAGAGUUGGACGAUCUGUUAAAAAACCUGCCCAUUGGUGCUGAUAAUAAAGUGCCUCUGAAAAUGUUGCAAGAAGAACUAAAAGAUUUUACUGGAGAAAAAAUUGACCUCAAUGACCUAAAACGUGAACUUAAAAAUAUGGGGAUUGUGCUUUCGGACAAAGAACUGAGGAGACUCCUGAAAAACUUGCCUGUUGAUGAUGAUGGAAAGGUGUUUCAAAACAGAUUGCUGAGAAAUGUGAAGGAUAGUAAACGAGGGAAGGUUAAUGUGAAUAAUCUGGAUACUGCUUUAGAAGCCCUGAACAUCAGGCUCACAAAAGAGGAGCUUGACAUGGUGAAGGAUGCUCUGGAAGACGGCCAAAAGGAAGUUGAGCUGAGAAAAUUGGUGGAUCAAAUAGAAUCAGUUACAGGAAACGAAGUUGAGGUCACUAAGGUGGAUAAAAUGCUUAAAGAAAUGGGAAUAGAGCUUUCAGACUCAGAGUUCCUUAAAUUAAUGAACAAUGUGCCAGUUGAUGAUGGAAAGGUCUAUCUGAAAAGGCUAAUGGAUGGUAUGACGAUCGUUAAAGAUGGGAAAGUAGAUUCCAGUAAACUGAGCACACUUCUGGGGAACAUGGGUGUGACUAUCACUCAAAGGGAGUCUGACGAUCUCAAAAAAACUCUGAAACUUGAUGAAAACCAUAAAGCAGAAGUAAAAAGGGUGAUAAACGAAGCCAAAGUCUUCACAGGGCAGAAAGUUGAUACAAAUAAACUUCAAAGUGUUUUGGACCGCUAUGGUAUUAAACUCAAUCCUGAAGAAGUAACAAAAUUGCUGAACUCAUUGCCGGUGGAUGAUGAUGGAAAAGCUUUUCAGAAAAGGUUGUUGAAGGGUGUGACAUCUCUGGAUGAAGCCACUGUUGAUGUCGACAAGCUGGAUACAUUUUUAGAAAGCAUGGGGAUUGAGAUCACUGAGAAAGAAUUCGGGGAUCUAACAGACACGCUGACGGGAACCUCUGAUGGGAAAGUGAAACUAAAUAGUGUAAUGGAAAACCUGACUACUAUUUUAGGAGAUUCAGUGGAUAUUAAUGAUGUAGGAGAUAUUCUGAAAGACAUGAAAAUUGAAUUCACAGAUAAAGAAUAUUUGAAUCUGAUAAAACAUCUUUCAAAGAAAGCUUCAGGAAAAGUGUAUAAAAAAAGGAUAACGGAUGGUUUAAAGCAUCUUAAAAGAGGAAAAAUUGAUGUGAAUAACUUGAGCCCAUUUCUGGAAAACAUGGGACUUGAACUCUCACAAAAUGAAUAUGAAGACCUCGCAGAAAGUCUACCAGUUGACGAAACUGGAAAGGUUGAUCUAAAAAGCAUUGUGCCAAAAAUGAACGAGUUCACAGGAGAAAAGAUUAGUGUCGGUGACCUGAGAAACACUGUUGGACAAAUUGGAGUUGAAGUGAAUGACAAAGAAUAUGUGGAUCUGCUAGAAAGGCUGCCAUUUGAUGAAAAUAAGCAUGUUUUUCAGAAUAGAGUCCUGUCAAGUCUGAGAACCUCCAAAGGUGGAAGAGUUGAUCCCAAUAAUCUGAAGACACUCCUCAUGAACUUGGAUCUGAAACUCAAAAACAAGGAAAUAAGGGAUGUGAUACAGAAGCAGACUCCUGGCACUAACCGAAGUAUCCCUUUGAAAAAAGUGCUGGCAGAUGUGAACUCAGUCAUAGGAGAAAAAAUUAAUGUCAACGAUGUGAAAACUUUUGUGGAAGAUGCUGGGAUAACGUUGACAUCCAAAGAGCAGGUGGAACUGGUUACAAAUCUACCAGUCGAUGAUGAAGGAAAUAUCCAUGAGAGCAGAUUGAUAGAUCAACUGAAAUCCUUCAAAGGUGGGGCAGUUAAUGUCAAUAUCAUAGAAAAUGUUCUGGAAAACUUGAAGAUCAAGCUGUCAGAUGAGAAAGUAAAAGAAGUGUCACAAUCCCUUCCAGCUGAUGCUUCUGGGAUGAUUUCUCUGCAGACAAUGCUGAAAGAAGUAAGAAAAUUCACCGGAGGAAAUAUUGAUGCUAAAGUCACACAUAGAGUGCUGGAGGGCAUGGGCAUACAGCUUUCAAAUAGAGACAUCAAUGACCUGCUGAAACGGUUGCCUAUUGCUGACGAUGGGAAAAUACUUAAAAACGUAUUACUUGAUCAUGUAAAGUGGCAUUCUGGGGCCAAGUGUCAUAUCUCCAAACUGGGUGGCAUUCUAGAAGACUUGGGCUUCAACCUGGAGGAUGAAGAAAUCGAAGACCUAACAAGCCGUCUGCCAGUUGAAGAUGAGAUGGUCAACAUGAGGGAGAUGAUGGAGAAUGUGGAGUUGCUCACAGGAAACAAAGUGGAUGUUGAUCAAAUAGAUCAAGUUUUGAAAACCAUAGGGGUAGAGCUCACACCUAAGGAGCGCUGGGAGCUGAUGAAGACUCUGCCCAUUACCUCUGAUAAUAAAGUGUAUCGGAACCGAUUGUUGGAUAGUUUAAAAACUUUUCACAGAGGAAAAGGUUUUACAAAUAAACUAGAAACCAUCAUGGAAAACAUUAACUACAAUGUUGAUGAAAAAGACAUGAAAGAACUGCAGAACUACUUGAAAACUGAUGAUAUUGGAAGGUUUUCACUGAACUCCUUGUCAAAUGCAGCCUAUUUGUUUUCUGGCCCUCAGAUAAAUGCCAGUGAUAUACAACCAUAUCUGGAAACCGUAGGCAUUGAAUUAACAAGCAGUGAAAGCCAGCUGUUACAGAGCCGAGUUCCAGCAGAUGAUGACAACAUGGUGUUUAAAAAUGUGUUGGCAGACUCGAUGCGGACUCUCAGGAGCGGAAAAGUCGGUGUUAAUAAUGUUUACGAAACUAUUGAAUUCCUUGGAUAUCCUGUUGAGGAAGAGGAAGUAGAGGAAAUAAUUAUCAAUGUGCCCUCUAAUAGUGACAAGAAAGUCCAACUGGAUUUGCUUCUGAAAGAAGUAGAUUCAUAUUUAGGAGAAGAAAUUGACCAGAGUGACGUGAACAAAAUCCUUAAAAACAUUGGGUUAAUACUCCACCUAAGAGAAAACAGAGUACUAAUGAAAUCUGUGCCACUUGAUGCUACCGGGAAGGUGUACAAGUACAAGCUGAUGGAUACCAUCAAGGGUCUCCCAGACGUUUACAUUGAUCUGAAAAAAAUAAAGACUUUAAUGGAAAACAUGGGCUAUGAUCUUGAGUCUAAUGAAUAUGAAGACUUCAUGAAUUACGUGCCCACUAACAUUUAUGGGUUGACUCGUUUGAAAGACAUAAUGGAAAAGGGGGACGUAUAUACAGGCGAGAAGAUCGAUCUUGGAGACCUGCCAGAAUUCCUGGAUGAUAUAGGGGUGGAACUCACAGAAGACAAGACGAUGAAACUCCUGGGUAAACUGCCGACGGAUGGCCAUGGAAGGCUGUACAAGAAAAGGUUGAUAAAAGAGUUGGGGACAAUUAAAGACUUAAAGAUACCUACAAGCAAGGUGGAAACCUUCUUUAAAAAGGCAGUCUUUCAGCUCAACAACAAGGAAAUGCAGACAGUGAUAGACAAACUACCAGCUGAUCGAAAUGGGAAGGUUGAAUACCAAGUGUUGAUGAAAGAAGUUAGAAACGUUUUAGGAGAUAUGAUUCAUGCAGGAGAGGUAAAAAGUGUUCUAGAAGACAUGGGAAUAAAAAUGACACACAAAGAAAACGUAAAAUUCCUUAAAAAACUACCCGUCUCUGCUGACAAAACAGUGUAUAGGAAAGAACUACUGUCGGGUGUGAAGAGCUUCAAAGGAGGGGAAGUCUAUGUCCAAGAUGUGAAAAAUGUUCUUCACAACACUGGGUUCGAACUGGAUAAAAGAGAACUAAAGGACCUUCGGGCUCACCUGACAGUGACUGACCGUAGAAGGGUUAGCUUGGAUGUGUUGAUGGAUGCAGCUAAGAUUUUCACAGGAGAAAAGGUUGACAUCAAAUACAUAAAAAGCGCUCUGGAAAACAUGGGGAUCGCGAUCACAGAGAAAGAAGAAUUGAAGCUCUUGAAAUCUCUGCCCGUGUCUAAAGAUGGAAAAAUCUAUAAGAAGAGAUUGCUGAACAGUGUGGCACAGAUCAAAGGGAAGAAAGUUCAAGUCUCUAAUAUACCACUGAUUUUGAAGAAUGCAGAAUUCGAACUUGAGAAGGAGGAUUGUGAGGACCUGAUGCAGCUUCUACACACUGAUGAGAACAAAAUGGUUGAAUUAAGUGUGUUAUUGGAUAAAGCAAAAAAUUUCACUGGGGAGAAGAUUGAUGUUGGUAAUCUGAACAACGUGCUGAGGAAAAUGGGCUUGAUGCUCUCCGACAAUGUGUACAAGGAGCUACAGCACGCUCUGUCAGUUUACACUGGUGGGAAGAUUUAUAAAACCAGAUUGUUAAAAUGCGUGAAAGAUCUCAAAGGGCCACGAAUCAAGGUAAAAAAAGUAGAAUCUCUCUUGGAAAACAUGGGAAUUAAGGUCAAAGGUGAAGAAUUUGAAGAACUAAUAGCCCAACUUCCACCUGAGGGAAACAAAACAGUGGAUCUGAAUGAACUAUUGGAUAUCGUCAGUUACAUCAAGGGAGAAGCAAUUGACAUGCAGAACCUGUACAAGUUUCUAGCAAAUGAUGGGAUCGAGCUCACAGAGAAAGAGUUCAAAGACCUGCUUUCCUACCUGGACUUCAACGGAAGCGGGAAGGUUAUCGUACAGUCAAUAAUAGAGGGCCUGAAGAAGCUUAAACCCAAAGAAAUGGCAAUGCUGUACAAGCAAAUGACAAGUUUCCGCUUCAGAAAAGACAGAGCUUCUAGCCAAAUGGCAGUUUCAGAAAUUAAAGCCACGAUGAAGCUAAAGCCCUUAAAAGCACCUGUCUUUCACAAGAGAGAUAAAGAUUUGCGAGGAUCUUUCUCAGACCAUUUAAAGCACAAAGAAUCAAAGCUGAGUCCUGCACAACUUGAAGCCUUCCGUAAUGCUUACAACUUCUUCACCAAGGAUAGAACUGGCUGUAUUGAUUCACACGGAUUGAUAAGCACCAUAGCAAAACUGGGAAUGAAUCUAAACACGUACGAUAUCUACAAUGAAUUAAAAUGUGCUGAUCUCGACAGGGACGGUAAGAUCAACUUCUCAGAUUUUAUAAAUGUGUUGACAGAUAAGAAACUCUUCCUCAAGGCUGUGGUUCCAGAAAAGAAAAUAUGCUUAGAUUUAGCUAACAACCCAGGAAUCUUGUUGUUUGAAAUCCUAUCAAAAUUUGUAGAAACCUCGUCCCUGCACAGAAAGGAUAUAAUAGAGCUAGUAAGCUAUUUCCGAAAAAGGUUCCAGGAGAGCCACUCAGAAAUAAUGUGGAGUUCGUAUGGGAGAAGGGGCCUAAAGUCAGAGAUCUGCUCUCCCCCUCGCUCGAGCACUGCUGCCUUUGCCAACUCUGCUAGGAUCUCCAUAAUGAAAGAAAGGGAUUUGUAUAAGUUUCUCGAAGCCCUCAAACGGUGUAAUCUCCGUACAGAUAGCCCAUACUCAAAAAUACCUGUGUUUCCGUUGUUUCCUGAUGUGGAUGGGACGGUGAUGGGAAAACCAUUUAAAGACACACAAAAAAUAGAGAUGCUAAGGAGAAAGGAGCCUCUGACUUUCUUUGAGGACUAUUUUUUCAAUAAAAGAGAUUGGAAAACACAGGCCAUGAAUGUGAAACCUCUCAAGUCUGCCUCAGGCUAUUCAGAUGACAUCUUAGCCAUUGACCACCUGUUCAAGAAAAAGCAACAUUGGACUGUGACUGAUGCGGCUGCUAUCAAACAGCAUGUAAAGAAAGCCACGGAGAGUUAUAACUUAGGAAUUGCCCUUGACCACCGGAAAGAAAUGCUGAACCUCUGGAAGAAGAUUCGAGGGGAUUUGGUUGGGAUCGAAAGCAACAAUGAGUCCUUUUACAACACCUUUUCGACCUACACCUGGUCCUGGAACGUCUGCCAAGAGCUGCUCUCCGCUAAGGACCUCCGCUUGCACGACGCCAGCAUGAACAAGAGUUCCCCCUCCAACUCUGGGUUAUCUUCCCCAUCGGACUUCAGUGAGUCUGACCCGGAGACGGGGAGGAAGAGGAAACGGAAAAGUUCCAGAGGGUUUCGGCAAUGAAAAGCCUACGUUUUCUAAACAGCUCUUCGAAAACCGCUUUCCAUAGUAAUCAAAAGUAUGGUUUCUUGCUUUUAUCUAUUACAUGCCUAGGUGGAAAUUUUGACAUCUUAUGGAUUCCGACCAGUAAAAACCUUUAAAUCCGGGA